AUGAGGGCAUCCGGGAAUUGGGGUGCUAAGGAAACUGCAGCAGCAACAGCAGCAGCAACAACAGCAACAGCAGCAGCAACAACAGCAGCAGCAACAGUAGCGGCAAGUGCUCAGCAGCAGCAACAAAGCAGCAGCAGCAGCAAAGCAGCACCAAAGCAACAGCAGCAGCAGCAGCAAAGCAGCACCAAAGCAACAGCAGCAGCAGGAGCAGCAACGCUAGAAGGGAAAAGGCGCGCGUCAAGCAGCAGCAGCAACAAUAAAUACAACGUGCAGCAGCAGCAGCAGCAACAAGGAUUCGCAGCAGCACCAGCAAGGACAGGAGCAGCAGCAACAACAGCAGCAGCAGCACCCACAACGGCAAGACCAGCAGCACAACGGCAACAGCAGCAGCAGCAACAGCAAGAAGUGGCAGCAGCAGCAGCAGCAGCAGCAGCAGCAACUCACUCAAGAGACCCCCAAACCCGCAGCCAAUGUCUAAGAAGUCGGGGGCCCUUCCCGCAGCGCCAUUCCUCUCCGGUGCUGCAGCAGCAGCAGCAGCAGCAGCAGCAGCAGCAGCAGCAGCAGCAAUGGCAACAGCAGCAAGAGGAGCAGCAGCAACAGCAGCAGCAACAACAGAAUAAGCAGCAACAAUCAGGGAAGGCGCAGUGGGUUGAUGCUACCCCGCUAAGUGCUGCUGCUGCUGCUGCUGCAGUGUACGUACAGCUCGUUGUCUGUAUUCCGCCUUCUUGGGCGCUCUAUGCCCUGACGGCUCUUCUGAGGCCCUCCCCAUUUCCGGGGCCUCCAAACCAAGGCCCACAAAGAAGGUCUUCUUCGCUCUUUAGGCGAUCCCAGCUCGAUCCCAGCAGCAGCAGCACCAGAACUGCCAGCAGUAGCCGGUGCAGCAGCGUCAGCAGCAGGUGCAGCAGCGUCAGCAGCAGGUGCAGCAGCAGGAGCUUUAGCAGCAACAGCACCAUCCGGAGCCGCGACAGCAGCAACAGCGGCAGCAACAUCAGCAGCAGCAGCAACAGCAGCAGCAGCAAGAACACAACUGCAGCAACACAGCAGCACCAGCAACAUCAGCAGCAGCAGCAAGACCAGCAGCAGCAGCAACAGCAGCAGCAACAGCAACAGCAGCAGCAGCAGCAACAGCAGCAGCAGCAGCAGCAGGAAGAUGAGCAGCAGAAGUUCCACGGGAAGUUUGCGAAGGGCGGAAAACAGCAGCAGCAGCAGCAGCAGCAGCAGAAGCAGCAGCAGCAGCAGCCGAAACAGCAGCAGCAGCAGCAGCAGCAGCCGAAGCAGCAGCAGCAGCAGCAGCAGGCUGCCGCUGCUGGCGCCAAGCGGAAGGAAUGUACAGGAGAUGAUAAUGCGCAGCAACAGCAGCAGCAGCAGCAGCAGCAGCAAAAGAAGAAGAGACGGGAGAGUUCUGCUGCAGCAGCAGAAUUUGAUUGGCUAGCAGCAGCAAAAACGCUCCUGAAGCAGCAGCCCCAAAAACGCAUGCACUGGAAGCAACUCGCAAAGAUGGUUGUGCAGCAGUAUAAGGAAGUUGCAGGGCCUGUGAAUGCCUCAGAGAAGACGCUGCGGCAGCAAUGCCUAGCACAUCUAGCUAUCACCUUCAGCAGCGGCACUCCUGCCUCGGCAGCUGUUGUGGGUUUAGGAAUCGGGGGUUGGCUGGCUGUGGUUGGGGGCCUGCAGCGCUGCUCUUCUUCGAUUUUGCUAGACUGCGCUGCAGCUGCUGAGCGUAUUAUGCAGCAGCAACGGCAGCAGCGGCAGCAGCAGCAGCUGCUGCUGCUGCACUUGCAGAAGACUCUCCGAGGCAUUCUGCUGCUGCUGCUGCUCCUGCUGCUGGGUGCGGGGCCUUUGAGCCCCCAGGCAGCAGCAGCAGCAACGGCUAAUGGAGCGGACGAUGUUCAGCAGCAGCAGCAGCAGCAGCAGCAGCAGCAAGCCCAAGGGCUCUCCUCUCCUGCAGCAGCAGCAGCAGCCACCACUCCAGCAGCAGCAGCUACGGCUCCAGCACCAGCAGGAGCAGCAGCAAGUUCCUUUGCUGCUCUACCUCUUGCUGCUGGAGGGUGGACGCAGCUGCUGCAGCAGCUACAAGGGCUGCAGCAGCUAGAAGGGCUGCAGCAGCUGCAAGGGCUGCAGCAGCUGCUGCAGUUGCCGAACAAAGAUGCAGCAGCCGCUUCGCAGCCGCUGCAGCAGCUGCAGCAACUGAUGCAGCAGCUACAGCAAACGAUGCAGGCUACACCACAGCAGCAGCAGCAGCAGCAGUUGCUGCUACAACUGCUACAACCCCAGCAGCAGCAGCAGCGGCAGCUUAAGCCUGAGCAUCAAGUGCUGCUGGAGUUGGAGCAGGCGGCGGAGAGAGACCAACAGGAAAGCGCCAAGCAGCAGCAACAGCAGCAGCAGCAGCAACAGCAGCAGCCGCAGCAACAGCAGCAAGCGCAGCAACGGCAGGCGGCG